AUGGCUACAAAUCUUCAAGACGCGAUCAAAAGAAUGAAUACUUUGGAUUGCCCACAUGGACAAUAUGUCAUUAUGGACUAUAACAAAGGUGCUUUGGUCUUUAGAAAGAUGGGAAAUGGAAUUGCGACUUUAAAAAACGAAUUAAAGGAUGACCAAGUCUCUUUUGUUUUGUUAGCAAUUCGUCUUGAACUCCAAGGUAUUCCUGAUCAAGUCAGACUUAUUUUCAUGCACUGGAAAGGCCCAGCUGUCAAGAAAAUGAUUAUGGUAAGAGCUUGCCAAUUCUAUAAUGAAGCUCUUGCAAAACUUGCACCUAACCACGGACAACUCGAAGUUGUUGGAAAGACAGAAUUCACAGAAAAAAUCAUUUGUGAAAAGUGGAAACCUGAUGCUGGAUCCCAUGUAAUCAACUAA